GGGAGGGGAGGGAGGGGAGGGAGGGGAGAGGGGAGGGCCCGACCCCCGCCCCUCCCCAGGUCCCAGCCGGUGCUGCGGCUCCUCACUCGGACCAUAUUAGGCCACAGCGGAGAAGGCACCUGGGGAGGUCACUCAGGCCCAAGAAUAGAAACACUCAGGGAGUCCCGCCAGGCUGUCUGGGACCGGCAUGGGACAGGCGACAGGCACAGAGGGCAGGAGGGGGCCCGAGAUGGCGCAGGGAGAUGAAGGCUGAUAGAGACACAGAAACAUCCGAAAGAGAGACCAAGAGAGGGACACCGAGGGAGGGAGGGAGGAGUCGAGACCCGGGUGUGGGACAGCGAGCAAGCUGAAGAGGCACAGAGGGGGCAGGGUGGUGUGGGCGCCGCCCCCGAAGGUGGGGUGACCCAGGACCCCAGCCGUUUCUCUCAUAUGCUGCUUGACUUUUCGCUUUACAAGUUGCCCUUUGACCUCCGGGAGUCUUGGGAACCAGAGGCGCCAAGCCCAAGUCCCACAUGUCAGGCUGGCUUUAUGAGGGCGUCCCGCUGUGUCCGCACCCCGCCUUCUUUCGGGUGUCAGGGCUUAGCUUGUGUCCUUGGAAGAACUUGCUGUCCGUCCGGGUGGACCCAGCCUGAGGCCUGGUCAGGGACACACACCCUGCGUCUCCCUGCCCAUGGCCUCCCUGUGCCUCUGGGUCCCCCAUUUCUGGCCACCCCUAAAAGACGACCCCACCUUUGCCCAGGCCCCGCUCUACCUGCUUCCCUCCGUGGGCUCACACACACUCACGCCUCCCGGGACAGACCCCCGAAGCCAUCUCCUGAGCCCCUGACCCGGGUCUCCCUCCCCCGAUGUCACCCGGUCUGUCACAUCCCUUAUAUCCCACUGAGCUCAGCCUGUCCCCCAGACCUCAAACCUCUCCUCGUCUGUUGGGGGUGGCCCUCCACUGUCCCAGGGUCCCAGGGGUCUGGCCCUCAUUCCUCCCUUUUGCUCCCAGAGUCGCCGGACUGUGUCCCUCUUCCCCUCCCCAGGGUCUGGACUCAGGCUUCUGUCCUCUCCCAUCUGGACCCUCAGCCUUCUCCCAGGCCUCCUGGCCGCCAGGCUGUCCCCACACCAUCCCCAAGGGGGCUUUCUGAGCCCAGGACUGACCUGUGGCCCCCCCCCCCCCCCCCCGCCCCAGCUGUCCUGGACCGAGUGCAGCCCUCAGCGACCCCUUGUGGCUUGGCGGGGACCCACCCUCAUCACCUGUCAGUAACAACUGCCCUCCGCGGAUUCCACGUUUCAUUGAGAGUUCUUUCAGGUUCUGGAAUGGCCCCCUUCCCUCCCACUGGCCCUCUGGAGCCAGCAACCCCAGGUUCCCUCAUCUUCCCCUGGCCCCUGAAGAUCCCCCUUAAAACACUCCCCCCCCCCUCAACUGGGUCGGCGGGGGGCGGGGUGCUUCCUGUCCUCUUAGGUCUUCCUCCCAGCCUGAGAGCAAGCGCCUGGCUUCAGCAGCACAGGCCAGACCCAGAAGUAGGGCCAGGGAGCCGUGUGAAUGGCUGACAGGACAAGGACAAGGAAGCGGCAGGGGCGGCGAGGGAUGGGGGGAUGGGGGACGGCGGGCCCCCGGGGAAAAGACCCAGAACAGGACGGGGGUCCUGCUCAGGUGAGAAUGUGGCGAGAAGACACCUAACUGGUGCCUGUCCUCCUGCUCAAAUCCACGAGGGACCGACCGUCUUCCCCCUCUGUCACCUCCCUGCCCAGUGUCGCUCCAGUCACACCAGCCUCCUCAGGGCCUUUGCGCUGGCUGUUCCUUCAGCCUGGAAUGCCUUUCGCCCGCACCUCCCUGCAGCUCCCUCCUUCUCGGAGAGGCCCUCGGUGCUAGAAGAAUCCUAACCAGUGUACUGGUUCCCGCGGCUGCUCGAACAAAGCCAGUGCCUUAAACAACGCACAUUUACUCUUUACGCUUGUGGCCGGAAGUCCGGACCCUCACAAUUGCCUCGGGCACCAGGAUAAUGCAGGAUAAUUUCCCUGCGUUCAGACGAGGAAACUGAGGCCCAGGGAGGUGGGCAGCUCCUACGAGCUGGCGAAGCCGGGAAGUGGUGGAGAGUCGGCGCCUGGGCUCCGGCUCUCGGCAGCGCCCGCCUGGCUAAUGGCCUCUCUGGUAAACGGGAGUAACCGGAGGCGAGGGGCCCCCCAGGCGGAUGCGGGCCAGGCCGGGAGCAAAUCAGCAGAUUUAUUGAGGCAGCGGCGGCAUUGGGGAGCAGGGGGUGCGGAAAAGGGGCUGGGCCUCCGCGGGGUCCUUCCCUGGCGUUCAGGAGCCAGACGUGGAUGCACGGGGACCGCACGGACGGUGGCCUGGUCCUCUCCUCCGCGGGGGUCAGUCUGUCCGCAGCCAGCAGACGGUGGCCUGGUCCUCUCCUCCGCGGGGGUCAGUCUGUCCGCAGCCAGCAGCCCUUUUCCUCCACCUCCUUGGUCACCACCAGCAGCACCUCGCACAGGCCCUGAGCCAGUGCCCCCGCCAGGAAGGCCCUGGGCAGAGAAGCGAGGAGACUGAGGCCCGGGGGCCCCGCGCGCUGCCUCCUGGGGUGGGGGAGUCGGUCGCCGAGCCCCAGCCCGAGUCGCCUCCCCCUCACCUGACGCCGUCCUCGUCCCCCAGGGCCUCAGGCGCCCGCAGCUUGGAGUCCAGGUUGUAGUAGACGCCAUCCACCUGGCGGAGGGCCACCCAGUGCCGCCGGCGGAGUGGCAGGGACAGCAGCCCCAGAGACAUGGGUGAGGGCAGGUUCAGGAUCAGUCCCAGCACUUGGGGCAGGGCCAGCUGGGACAGGGGCCUGUGCGGGAGGGGUGGGGACGCCACCGUCUGGGUCCAGUGCUCAGCGAGCACCUGCCGGCCCAACGUGACUGAGCUCACGGGACCCAGGCUGGCGCGGCAGCAGUGGCCCCCCCCCCCCCCGAGCCUGCCCAAGGACUCUCCUCGGCGCCCCCUUCGUCUCCUCCCACUCGCCCACCACCCAGGCACCCAAACUCCCAGCCGUCUAACAACCACCCCCGCACCCAGCUGCCCGUGAACCGUCCACCCGAACAUCAUCCGCUUAAUGACGCAACCGACCAGCCAGCCACCAACUCGGUUUACUCACCAUCCUCCCGAGUCCGCAUCCACUCGGAACCCGUCCAUCCGUCCAUCCACCCAAUUAACUACUCAACCACCUAUUUGCUAUCCUUUAUUCACUCAACCACUCCUCUGCCCAUCCACACCCCCCCCCCCCACCAACCACCUACUCAACACGUCCAACUACCCUUUCACCAUCCACUCGGUCACCGGAUGACCAUCUCCCAACCCGUCGGCCUGCCCUCCAUCCAGCACCCACCCGUGCCGACCUUCCCCCCGUCUGCCCCUUCUUUCUUCCCUCCUGCCCACCGGUUCCCCUCCUGCUGUCCCACCGCACCCACGUGCCGGGCUCAGCACACAUGAUGAAGCGCUUGGGGUCCCACCUCCUUCGGUCCCACCACACGGUGGCCAGGCCCAGCCCCUGCAGGGCGGCCAUGAUCACGUUGACGUCAUAGUUGCCGGUGCCCAGGAGGCUGCGAUGGGGAUUCAGCCGGGAGUCUGGGGCCAACCUGGGCGGGGGGAGGGUCAGAGCCUGAGACGGGGCCCCUGCAAAGGUCUCAUCCUCCCCACAACGCAGGAGAGUCCCGGGGCCCUCGAGUCCCCCAGCCUUUGGACUCUUCCCUUUCCGCAGCCGCGUGGCUCAUCAGCCCCAAGCCUGAUUCCUCCUGUCCCCGACUCUCUCUGCCCUGUCCCGUAACCACAUUUCCCCCCCGCUCAGGUCUCGUCCUCCUCCACCUGGACCCUCAUCCAGCCUCCAGCCUCCAGCCUCCCCUCCGAUCCCAGGGGCUCUUUCCACACCUGACACUGACCCCACCGCUCCCCUGUUCCCUGCCCUCCCUGGUGCCUUGUCACCCUAGGAUAAAGUCCCAGUCCCUCAGCUGGCCUCCUAGCCUCAGUCCCGCCCCACCCCCUCCCGGCCACCUGUCCCCAACCACAUCUCCUGUGCUCCCCUCUCAGUCUUUCCUCCUGCUAUCCCCCAGCUCAGGGGGCCCACCCCGCCACCACUUGGCUCUCUGGGUCCUGCCUUCUCCAAACAGUGGCACCUUUGUUCUUUCUCUGGGCCCUCGGUGGGCAGGGCAGGGGGAGGGGCCGGAGAGGAAAAGUCUGUGUAUUAUUUUCCUGUGCAUCUGUUUCCCUGGCCUCCCUCGGGGCAGGGCUCACACUGGACUCAUCUCUGGGUCUCCAGCAUGGCCUUGGUGUGAAAGAGUUGAUGGAUCCCUGUCGUGAAUGACAGAGAUGAAUAAAUUCUGCGAUAUUCAGUUUGA